UCGAGGCCCUCCAUUUUUCCCCAAGUGAGAGAAGAGGGCCAUGAACGAGGACGACGAAGCCGCGGCUCGCACUGAGCGGUUUGAGGCCGAGAGCCAAUCCAUGGCGCGCUUCGAACAACUCGAUGCGCGCGACAAGCGGCUCCAGGAGGAACGCGCGGCGAGACGGGCGCGACGGCAGGGCGACGGCAACGGCAACGGCGACGGCGACGACGGCAGCGAUCAAGCAACCGUGGUUGGUACCUGCCAGGACAUGUGCCCAGAGAAGGAGCGCUACUUUCGCGAGGUUGGAAACGACCUCGUCCGAUUCGAAAUGAUCGACGCAGGCGCACGCGGAAACCUCGUCGACCACGCGCGAGCCGUCAAAAAGUUCCGCCGAGCUGCCGCGGGGUUGCCAGACCCGCUGCCGCACGAGAUCCGACCAGUGCCGACGUUGCAUCGCACCAUGAACUUUUUAAUCUAUGAGAUUGUGGGCCAGUCCGACGAUCAGAUCGGUCCGCUGGGACGGUCGCUCGUCGAGGUCUACAACUUUUUGGCAGAUCGCACGCGCGCCAUUCGGCAAGACUUGACGUUUCAGAACAUUCGUGAUCUCGACGCCAUUGACCUCACAGAGAAGACAGUCCGCAUUCUUCUCAUAUUCAGCUACCUGCUCUGCGAGAGCGAUCAGUUUGAUUUGAAGUUCUGUCUCCAAAAGAUGAACGAUUGCUUCCAGUCGCUCCAAGAGUUUUACUCGGAGGCGCGGCUUGCCCGCGGGCCAGACUGGCAGAGUCCGAACGAAGCCGAGUUCCGGCGGCUGUUUAUUCUUGCCCACUUGCUCGAUGGCGAGAUUGACCAGUUCAUUGUGACCGCUUCCCAGACCACACAGGCCUACAACGACAUUGCCGUCGUGCUCGAUGUCUUGCACGCUGUUCGCCGCGGAAACUAUGUGCGCUUCUUCCGCCUGGUUGCGUCCAAGCUAUCGCUGCUCGAGGCAUGCGCGGUGCACAUUCACUUCUCCUACGUCCGCAAGCAAGCGCUCCGUGUCAUGCACCAGACUUUUACCUGCAUCACGCUGAAAGAGGUGGCUCAACUCCUGGGGCUCGUCGACGCCAACCAAGCCGCGACCGUCUGCGAGCAUUUCCACCUUUCGAUUCGGCUGGGCAUGGAGGACGCGGCAUAUGUGGGAGCGCCGAUUCUUGUUGGCGCGACCAUGGAUCGCUCGUCGAGCUUUGAUGCCGAUGUAGUUGCACUACCACGCUUGCGGGCUCCAGCCAUUGACCGGCUGUUCAGUUUGCAAACGAAUUUUGCAACGGUGGCUGCUCCUCCGGGCGCAUCGAUGCACUUGCCCCACUCGACGAUCGGCAUGCCCGAGAAUGUCGCCGCCGUUGCCCGCCGACUGGCCCCGCCACCCUCCUUCGCCUCGCAGUUGCCCAGCGCUGCUGUCGUGCCGACGGCAAGUGCCCCUGUUAAACUUGGUCUUGGCCGCGGCUCGCGUGGCACCAUCGACAUGCCAAUUCCAACCCAACUCGGCGGAGCAGGAGGAUCGCUCGCUGAUCGCUUGAGCAGCCCAGCCGCUGUCGCCACCACAGCCUCCACCGCCGCCGCUGUACCGACAUCUACUGCGCAGCCCGUUGUGAAGAUGCCGGGCUUUCCUUCCGGGUUGGGUGCACGGCUUUCUUCCGCUCCUCCACCACUACAACCACUGACUUCCACCACAGUCUCUGACGUCAGUCCCGCCUUUGUUGAAAAGAUCUCUGCCGCAUUUUCUGAAACGCUGCUCAAGCGGCAAUUUAUGGCUGUUGGGCAAAGUGUGAUUGCCGAGAGUCGCGCACAAAGCGAGGCCGACCUGCAGCAGCAGUUGCAGCAGCAAAAGCAGCAACAAGAGCUCGAGCAAAAGCAACAACUCCAACAACAGCAGGCCCAGCGAGAACGUGAGCAGCAACGACAGGCAGAGCUCCAGAAUGCAGAGCGCAAGCGACAGGAGGACGGAUUGCGCGAUCGUGUCGCGAAAGAGGCGGCAACCGACAUGCUCAACCAACUGGUGCAGACUGUCUCAAAAUCGCUCGUUAGAGAAACCGCAGCAGCAGCCGUGCAGACGGCCGAGCGCGAUUGGUUGGCAACCUUUGCGCGUCACUAUAGCCAAGACCUGCUAAAUCAACUCAUUCGACGUGUCGAAGACCAAAUGCUGCGCGCAACUGCUGCAGAAACCAUCCAACUGGUCGCUGCGCAGCAACGUCGACUAUCAGCGCUGCGUGCUCGCGUGGCAACAUCCCAGCUUCGCGAGUGUUUUCACUCAUGGCGCGACGUGGUUGUCGCUCGUGCCAAGUUCCGCAAGUUUGCUGCUGGGCUGCCCGUGUCCACGUCCUUGCUCUCGUCCAAUGAGAGAUUUUCCAGUCUUUUGCAGAGCUCGGUUGGCGUCACUGCCAUUGCCAAGCCUCCCACAAGCAUGACUGAUGCUAUCACGAGCAACGAGCCGUCGCCGCCAUGGCAGGCCUUGCAGCAGCAGCAGCAGCAGCAGCAGCAGCAGCAGCAGCAGCAGCAGCAGCAGCAGCAGCAGGCAAACCACACACACGCUCAGGCUCAGUCUGCUUACACCGCUUGGGGAGUCGCAUCCGCCGAGCACAAGCUCGUCAACUCGCCAAACAAGCCGUCCUCAGUUCUAGGCUCACAGCUUCGCAAUGCCAUCUUGGAGCAAGACCGCGCUCGUUUGGCUCGAAUUGCGCCGCUGGAUUUGCCCGCCCUCGUGGCUCCCGCUCUGACAAAUGCCAGUCCCGACGCUUCCGAGCUGUUUUGGAAACUGCUCGUGUCCGUGCCAGACCAUUGCGAUACAGACCUUGCCAGUUGGCUCAAGAUGAAGCUUUCGUUCGUUUGCGACACUUCGCUGCCAGUCGUGUCCGCGGCCGCUGGUGGCCGGAUUAGCACGAUCGGGGCUGGCAGCACAAUGUUGGAUGUGCCCGUUUCCAUUCCCGAAUCCGAGUUGGUCGCACCUCUGAGCAAACAGCGUACGCAAAGCUACAAGCGCAAGCACGAGGAACCAACACCCUCCACCGUUGCAAGCCGAGUGCUGCACGUCUGCGUUGAUUUUGUCGAGCUUGAUUCUCACUCCUUCGGCGAGCUCCAGGACGAUGAUCUUUUGCGCCUAUGUGGAGCAUCCGGCAUUCUGUUUUGCAUGAAGUCCUCACCCAGUCGUCAGACAGGCCAGGAUGCUGCGGCGGCGGCGUCAUCGGAUCGCGAACUUGCCAGCUACUUUGCGAGCGAGCGCAUGCGCCUGUCCCUGCUUUUGCAAGCGCUGCCUGCUGGAGCGCACGUUGCGCUCAUGGUCGUGUUGCCUGUCGACUUUCCCAAGCUAUCUGGCCUGUGCGCAAACGGCACUGGCUUGCUCGGCUCAUCCUCAUUUCUCAAUUUGGAAGCGCUCCGACAGCCGCACGCCUCGCGGGCGCAUGUCUCUUCCCUCCGUGUCAUGCAGUGGCCCAGCGGUGCCGAAUCCACGCUCGCCCAACCGGCACUGGCACACGUUCUGGGCGAGGAUGCCGAUCCAUGGUCAAAGACGCUUGCAUUUGCGACAGUGUGGCUUUCGCAGCAAUCCCUCAGGCAGCCCUCAACCGAUCGGCGAAUGUUGGGCCAAAUUCUCGAGACGGCUUGCCACCAGCACUAUUUCCCACACAUCAAUGCAGUUCAGGGCUCGGACCCGUGGCACACGGCUGACCUGUACGACCGCGUUGUCGCCUACGUGCAACGAAUGGUGGAAAAUUCCUCCGCAGUCCCACCAAGCCAUCCAGCCUUGAUCAACUGGCCUCCGUACGAGUUUUCGGCUGCGGCGCACCACUCGGGCACCGGUUUUGCGUUGCCAUAUCCGCUUGAGCGGCGCCUUGUUGCCUUGUUGCCGCCUCCGCAGUGGCAAUCGGCGGAAACUCGUGCACGUGCGUCCCAUCUGUUGGAGCAGGCCAAGUUGCAGUGUGCCCUGCCACCGAUGGAGCUGCCAGAGCCCGUCCUGCUGGCCCUGGAUGCUACUGCCGUGACUGCGCUUGAAGACCGCGUGUCUGCUUCCAACACGACCAAUUCUGCAGCACCGGCUCUCUCGCACAUUCUGACAGACAACAUCCGGCGCUAUCACCGAACCCUUAGGAGCAAACGAGCAGCGAGCGCCAACGCCGUGUUGGUCGCAGCUCAUCACGCGCGUCACGCCAGCCGUCUGCAGUACAUUGACCAGCUUGUGGUUCAUUGUUGGCAGUACGCCGUCUCGGCCGUUGGAGCACGCGUUGAUGCAAGCUCUCAGCAGGUGCUUGACGUUACGCACGACUCUGGCGUGGUUUUGGCUCAAGCCCGCAGUCUGCUGACGGCCUUCCGCGACGAUGCCUUGUCACUGGCGGACGCAUUGUCCACGCGUGAUCUUGCCGGCACCGAGCAAGAGGCGAUCGAGCUCCUGUCGGACAUUGAUCCUGUGGCGCAACUGGCGGCACCCUGGCCUGCGGUUGUCAACGAGCUCGUGUCCUUCAAGAUGCAACGGCUUGUCGCUGCGCAUGUGCAAGUCUACUUUGACGGAGAAGCGUCCGAAUUGGCCGCUGCUCUUGCCGGAAGUUCUGUUCACGCGGCCAACAACCUUGACGAGAUUCCCAUUGGCGCGGUGUCGAACGCUGAUGGAGCGCUGCUGCCAUCGGGUCGGAAACGGCGUCAUGAAGAAAGCACCGACACGCCCUUGAGCUUUAGUGCCGACGACUCGGUCCAGACCAUCCCUGCCGUUGCUUCUCCCGCGUUCAUUACGACCGACGAUCCGCCACCCGUGUCCCUGUCCGAAGACGCUCCCCUCAGCAAACUGCGUCCUACAAAAUCGCUGCGUCUGGACAACACGGUUGCGCAUUCCUUCGAUUCCGACGAGGUGAUUGAGCUGGACUAGUUUGUGCUUUUUUUGUUUGUUAACUGAACUUGUUGUUAUUCUGCAUCGCUGUUGUUUUCUGAUCCAAUCUCUUUGAUCAACUUUUUGUUUUGUUUUUUUUUGUUGGAAAUGAACACUCGAAUGCACCA